GGUGGGGAGCCUUGGUUGGUGCUGUGUGGCUAUAAAUCCCCGUGUAAGCCAGCCAGCUACCGCAGUGCGGCUUCCCCAAGGCUGAUAGGCUUCUGGAUUUUUGCUCUAAUAUACCUGCUCUUUAAAGUAAAAAAUCUCUCUUCUGGUGAGAGCAGUUUUCCUGGCAUGAUGCCCUCUCUCCCCAACUCUGAUGAGCUGAUUUUUUUUGUGAAUGGAAGAAAGGUCAUAGAGAAGAACGCUGAUCCUGAAGUAAAUCUACUGCUCUACCUGAGGAAAGUCCAUAUCCUCACAGGCACGAAGUACAGCUGUGGGGGAGGAGGCUGUGGAGCCUGCACUGUCAUGGUGUCAAGAUACAACCCCAAGACCAAGAAGAUCCACCAUUAUCCAGUUACAGCAUGCCUGGUGCCCAUCUGCUCUCUGUAUGGUGCUGCCAUCACCACAGUGGAAGGUGUAGGAAGCAUCAAAACUAGGAUUCACCCUGUGCAGGAGAGACUCGCCAAGUGUCAUGGCACACAGUGUGGCUUCUGCAGCCCAGGGAUGGUGAUGUCCAUCUAUACGCUGCUGAGGAACCACCCGGAGCCUACCCUGGAGCAGAUGACUGAAGCUCUUGGAGGUAAUUUGUGCCGCUGUACUGGAUACCGACCAAUUGUAGAAAGUGGUAAAACUUUCUGUGUGCAAGCAACUGUUUGUCAUAUGAAAGGAUCAGGAAAAUGUUGCAUGGAUCAAGAAGAGAGGUGUUUGGGGAAGAGACAGGAAAAAAUAUGUACCAAACUGUAUAAUGAAGAUGAAUUCCAGCCCUUGGAUCCAUCCCAGGAGCCUAUAUUUCCUCCUGAACUGAUAAGAAUGGCAGAAGAUCCAAACAAGAGAAGGCUGACAUUCCAUGGGGAGAGGACUACCUGGAUCACCCCUGUGACCCUCAAAGACCUUCUGGAGCAGAAAGCCAAUUUCCCCAUAGCCCCCCUUGUCAUGGGGAACACGACACUGGGGCCCAGUAUUAAAUUCAGAGAUGAGUUCCAUCCAGUUUUCAUAUCUCCACUUGGGCUUCCAGAACUGUCGUUUGUGGACAGCACAGAGGAUGGGGUCACAAUUGGUGCAGGUUUCAGCCUGGCCCAGUUCAACGAUGCCUUACAUUCUAUUGUUUCGGAGCAACCGCAGGAGAAGACUAAGACUUACCGUGCACUCCUGAAGCAUCUGAGGACGCUUGCCGGACCCCAGAUUAGGAAUAUGGCGACUUUAGGAGGACAUGUGGUGAGCAGGCCCAAUUUUUCUGACCUAAAUCCCAUUUUAGCAGCAGGAAAUGCUACCAUCAAUCUGAUAUCUAAAGAAGGAGAACGGCAGAUUCCCUUAGACGGCCUUUUCCUUGAAAGAUCGCCUGAAGCCAGCCUUAAACCGGAAGAGAUUGUGUUAUCUGUUUAUAUUCCCCACUCUACACAGGGGCACUUCGUGGCAGGACUCCGUAUGGCCCAGCGACAAGAGAGUGCCUUUGCUAUUGUCAAUGCCGGGAUGAGUGUGAGGUUUGAAGAGGGCACAGAUACGAUCAAGGACCUUCAAAUGUUCUACGGGAAUGUUGGUCCCACUGUCAUCUCUGCAAGCCAAACCUGCCAGCAGCUCACUGGGAGGCAAUGGGAUGACCAAAUGCUGAGUGACGCCUGCAGAUUGGUCCUGGAUGAGAUUUAUAUUCCACCAGCAGCUAAGGGUGGCAUGGUAGAAUACAGACGAACCCUCAUCAUCAGCUUACUCUUCAAAUUCUACCUCAGAGUGAGGCGAGGACUGAAUAAAAUGGAUCCCCAGAUGUUUCCCGAUAUCCCAGAAAAGUUCAUGAGUGCUCUGGAAGAUUUCCCCAUAAAAACACCCCAAGGAAUUGAAAUGUUUCAGUGUGUGGAUCCCUACCAGUCCCCACAAGAUCCAGUCGGCCAUCCAGUCAUGCACCAGUCAGCCAUUAAACACACCACAGGGGAAGCUGUGUUUAUUGAUGACAUGCCCCCCAUUGCCCAAGAACUCUUCCUGGCUGUAGUCACCAGCACCAGAGCUCAUGCAAAGAUCAUAUCAAUUGAUGUUGCAGAAGCCCUGGCACUUCCAGGUGUUGCUGAUGUGAUAACAGCAGAGGAUGUUCCCGGAGUUAAUAAUUAUCAAGGAGAGGUUUUCUAUGCCCAGAAAGAGGUAAUUUGCGUGGGUCAGAUCAUCUGCACCGUGGCUGCUGAUACCUAUGCUCAUGCGAAAGAGGCUGCCAAAAAAGUGAAGAUUGCUUAUGAAGACAUAGAACCAAGGAUUAUCACAAUAGAGCAAGCCUUAGAGCACAAUUCAUUUCUUUCUGUUGAGAAAAAAAUUGAGCAAGGAAAUGUAGAGCAAGCCUUUAAAAGUGUUGAUCAAAUCAUUGAAGGUGAGGUGCACGUGGAAGGGCAGGAACAUUUUUAUAUGGAAACACAAACUAUCCUGGCUGUUCCAAAAAAAGAAGAUAAAGAAAUGGUGUUACACCUUGGAACACAGUUUCCAAGCUAUGUGCAGGAAUCUGUGGCUGUAGCAUUAAAUGUCCCAAGGAGUCGAAUCGCCUGCCUCAUGAAAAGAACUGGAGGAGCAUUUGGGGGGAAAGUGACCAAGCCUGCUCUGCUAGGUGCAAUCAGUGCCGUGGCCGCCCACAAGACUGGCCGCCCAAUCCGGUUUAUUCUAGAGCGUGGUAAUGACAUGCUGGUAACUGCUGGCCGCCACCCACUCCUCGGACGAUACAAAAUUGGAUUCAUGAACAAUGGUGUGAUCAAAGCUGCUGAUGUUGAAUAUUAUGUCAAUGGCGGAUGCACUCCUGAUGAAUCUGAGAUGGUGAUAGAGUUCCUGGUGCUGAAAUCUGAAGGCGCAUAUUGUAUUCCUAAUUUCCGGUGCCGGGGCAGGCCUUGCAAAACAAAUUUGCCAUCCAACACUGCCUUUCGAGGAUUUGGCUUCCCUCAGGCUACAGUGGUAGUCGAAGCUUACAUGACUGCUGUGGCAUCUCAGUGUAACUUACUCCCUGAAGAGGUUAAAGAAAUAAACAUGUAUAAAAGAACUAGCAAAACAGCCUAUAAGCAAAUAUUUAAUCCAGAGCCCUUGAGAAGAUGCUGGAAAGAAUGUCUGGAGAAAUCUUCAUUCUAUGCUAGGAAAUUGGCUGCUGAGGAAUUUAACAAAAAAAAUUACUGGAAAAAGAGGGGGCUUGCUGUGAUCCCCAUGAAAUACACCAUUGGGUUCCCCGUGGCCUACUCCAAUCAGGCUGCUGCUCUGGUCCACAUCUAUCUGGAUGGUUCUGUCUUGGUGACUCAUGGUGGCUGUGAAAUGGGGCAAGGCCUUUACACCAAAAUGAUUCAGGUGGCCAGUCGAGAACUGAACAUCCCCCAGUCAUACAUCCACCUGUCUGAAACAAGCACGGUCACAGUGCCCAACGCAGUCAUCACUGCAGGGUCGGUGGGGACAGACAGCAAUGGCAAGGCCGUGCAGAAUGCCUGUCAAAUUCUUAUGUCCCGUCUUCAGCCAAUCAUCAGGGAAAACCCUCAUGGAAGGUGGGAGGAAUGGAUCGAAAAAGCCUUCGGAGAAUCCAUCAGUCUCUCGGCUACUGGAUAUUUCAAAGGCUACCAGACGCAUAUGGACUGGAAGAAGGAGGAGGGUGACCCUUACCCGUAUUUUGUUUAUGGAGCAGCUUGUUCUGAGGUUGAAGUCGACUGUCUGACUGGGGCUCAUAAGCUCCUUAGGACUGACAUCUUCAUGGACUCUGCUUUCAGCAUUAACCCAGCCCUGGACAUUGGACAGGUUGAAGGAGCAUUUAUCCAAGGCAUGGGCUUCUAUACCAUAGAAGAACUGAAAUAUUCCCCAGAAGGUGUGCUUUAUUCUCGGAGUCCAGAUGAGUACAAAAUCCCCACUGUCACUGAGAUACCGGAAAAAUUUCAUGUCACUUUGGUGCACUCCCAAAAUCCUGUAGCUAUCUACUCAUCCAAGGGAUUGGGUGAAGCUGGAGUAUUCUUGGGGUCAUCCGUGUUGUUUGCCAUAUAUGAUGCCGUGACUGCUGCCCGCAGAGAGAGGGGGCUGACCCAGACCUUCCCCCUGAGUAGCCCAGCAACUCCCGAGUUGAUUCGGAUGACUUGUGUGGAUCAGUUUACUGGAAUGAUUCCCAGAGAUGAUCCUUCAACAUUUACACCUUGGUCCAUUCGUGUGUCUUAAUCCCAUUUUUCUUAGAAAAUGUAAGAAUACAUGAUUAAAGUUAAAAUUUUCAAGCUGGAGCAAAGUAUAGGUUUUUGUCAAGGAUAAUUUCAGCCUCUUUUAAUUCUUCUCUGUGGCUUAGGUCACUGUGUGGUUACGGUUUAGGAUGCACAUUUACACAAAACAUACAAUGAAGCUUAGAAUCAAAAUUGUUUCUUUUCAUUUUUAUUGUCCUGAUGACCUACAGCAUCAUGAUUUUAAAGCAUGGUGGAGUUCUCAUUACCGUGGAACAACUCAACAGCCUGCUCAUGCUUUGUUCUUCAGAACUCUGCUCACCCCCCGCAAAGCUCUCAGGAUUGGAUUCCCCAAAGCCAAUGGUGUGAUAAUAAUAACCAGCUCACCUGGAAAAAUCCAUGAUUUGUAGUGUUUGCCAUUUUCCAUGGUGUAAAUACCUUGGCCAGCUCCAAGCCACCAAUAGCAAGUCUCUGAACAUGGAGUUGGGAGAGAUGCCCGUAAAUGGUUCUCAUGAUCUCCAGCCCUGCAAGCCACCCACAGGCCUCAGGGCCCUGCCACUCCCAUGUGGCCCAGUUAGAUGAGGCUCAGGGAAGUAAACCAUCCAAAGCCUCCAGCUGCUCCUCAUCUGCCAUGAGCCAUGCACACAGUUGAGCAUCUUCCUCACUGAGGAACCACACGGGGUAAAGCAAUGAUCUCAAAUCACUCUGGAGUCCCUUGUUUUGGCUUAAUGUCUAAAAAAUGAAAUCAGCACCACCUUCCUCUUGCCACAUCAGAGGGGCACAAAGUCCUCAGAGUUCUUUUUCGGUUAUUUCUUUGCUAUUUUACAUUGCAUUUUCCAUAAACAUGGGCUUAUACCAGAGAUGUUCAGUCCCUGAUGAGGUUUGAAAACACAAAUAAAUAAACUACAUCACUUGUUGGGAUG